AACAGGUGUCCUCUGCGCCGUCGCAGUGCCAAACCAAUCGUCAACUACAGGGGCGCAGCUGAGCCGGUUACUGCCGAAGUCAGGCUCGUGUCGACAGUGUUACAAACUUUCUGGAUCUGUCAGGAGUCAUGUCGAAUAACAGCGCCGGCGGUUUGGUCAGUCUGCAGAAAAGCGUCAAGCAGCUGCGAUUUGAAGCAGAAAUCCGCAGAAUUAAGGUUUCUCAAGCUGCGGCAGAGCUGAAGGCAUUCUGCUUGCAAAAUGCCCACAAGGACCCUCUCCUCAUGGGGGUGCCAUCAAGCGACAACCCCUUUCGCCCACCCAAAUCAUGUGCGCUCUUCUGAGGAGUCGUGGAGAAGCUUGAGAACGUUCCUCUUUCACUUGGAUGUUUUCACUCCACAACCCUCCGAUCCCUUCACAUUACAGCAGAGCUGCUUAUCAUCACUACUAUCACACUAAAUUGUUUAAUUCUGUAAGCUGCAUUGGGACUUGAAGGCUUUCACGUUCGGCAAUGUGAGUUAUGAAGAAAACCGCUGAGAAGUGAUUUGAAAUAGUUUAAUUUGUAUUCUGUUGAAUAAAGACAUGGUAGUGCUAAAGUUACACUAGUAGGAUGGAAAUUAAAGUAUUUAGUUGGUCAAACAGUCCACUGGAAAUGUAAUGACAAAUAUGCAAAAAAUAAUUCAUGCAUUUUAUUUUUAACUCUGUAGCCAGGUUCAUUUGAAUACAAGCCUUGCACAGAAAAAAAUCUAAGUGCUUUCUUUUUGUAAUCAAUUUCUUUGUUAUUGAUACAGUUCGGCUUAUAUACAUGGACUGUUGUUGCCACGGAACUCAUGUAUUUAAGGUUUUAAUUGUAUUAAGCACAUAGCUCUAUUGAAGGAGAGAGAUGUCUUGAAUCUCAGGUUCUCUUUGAUAAAGAUCAAUGCUGUGUUUCGGAUAUAAAUUCACUUUUCUGAGGUACUACUUUUUUAUUCAAAUGAAUUUUCUGUACUCUAGUGGGUACUGCAUAGGUUUCUGCAUAAUUUUGACCUUUCUUAAAUGUUAUUGUGUUAACACAAGACUCGAGUGCAGACUCCUAUCUGUUUUUAGUGAUAUGUGCUGGGGUAAGGCUGCUGCCUGCCUCUCAUGCUUGUAGACUAAGAAUUUGAACACCGAAUGAUUAGGAGUGUAUCAUCUGGCCUGGAGCCCUCACAUGCUCACCGAUCUCAUCUUAUAUCUGGUCUGUAUCUUUAUCAGUCCACCACUGGACAUUCAUGCAAAUGUCAGUUUUAUUGCUGUCCUGCAUGGUUAACUCUUUCAGUCUGUGUACCUGUUUUAAGUUUGACUGUGCCUACAAGAGCAACAUCUCAUUUAUUUGCAGCAAGAUACCUAUACACUUCCUUACAAAACAGAUUCAAGAUGUUGUUGGUAAAUGAGAUGUCAUUGAUAAAUACAUUAAAAU